GACACAAAUAGCUGGAAAAGGGGGGUCACAUGAGUGGGCAGAGCCAGGAUUGGAAAACUUUGACACAUUUGAACAGUUUUAAAGGAUAAACCACAGCUUUAGGAGGUAGAAGACCCCCUUUGAUUUGACUUUUAUUUGAUCCAGUACUGAUUUUAGCACAUUUUCACAAAAUUGUCACAUUUUUCAUCUCCACCAACAAUGAAGCUGGGAGUAACACUGGCGCUCAUCUGUGCGCUUUUCUCUAAAGCGCCAGCACUGAGGUGUUAUCAGUGCAUGCCACAGCUGUUUGGAGACUGCACAGACACCCAGACUUACUGUCCACAUCAGUGUGACAGCAAAACCAUCGUCUUGAACUUUGGGGAUCAAAAACAUGAGAUACAUUCAAAGACAUGUGCGAUAGCAGAGCAGUGUGUCACUGGGAGCCUAAACUUGGGACAUAUGAAAAUGACCUUCAACACAAAAUGCUGCAGCACUGAUCUCUGCAACAGCCAGAAAGUGACAGCUUUGCCACAAGGGUCUCCAAAUGGGAAGAUAUGUUAUGCCUGUAGUAAGGAUGGAUGCUCAGAGACCGUGAGGUGUGAGGGAGAUGAAGAUCGCUGCAUCAGUACCACAGUUAACUCUGGUGGUGUUAAAAUGACGAUGAGAGGAUGUGUGAGCAGAAGUCUCUGUGUUGGGGAUACAACGAACAUAGAGGAAGCUGGAAUCACUGGAGAUGUGAGAUGUUGUGAGGGCAACCUGUGUAACAGGGCUGCUGGUGUAAAGCUGAGUCUCCUCAUUAUGCUGGUCUCUCUGCUGUCCUCCAUACUCUUCUUCUGAACGUUGUUGUGCUCAGGAGCAAAUUUAUUUUUUAAUUUUUCUAGACCAGCAGAGUUAUGUAUUCCAACGUGACCAACUGCACACUCUGAAUGUUUAUAAUGAUUUUUCUGUAACUGAAAUUAGUUGAAUAAACAGUUUGAAGACUA